UAAUGUGCACAGUUCAAAAUGUGAGAGCUGAUGAUGACUUAAUACAGAUGGAGAGGAAAACACGCAGCGUUGUGGGUGUUGCAUACGUUGUCAAGUCCCUUUCUAGCGAUAUUACUUAUUUGUCUGCCAAGACGACAUGUAAAGCUGAUGGAAAACAAUUGUGUCCUUCUUUUGUCAUUUGUCGAGAUGGUAAAUAUCCAGUUGGACCAGUAAGGUUUGGUGAUCAUUGGACUCCUGUUAAAGACGCAUAUAACCAAUGGCUUCAAAUUGGCAAUAAUGGUCCUCAUAAGACAUGCAUACUCCAUUCUUCAGUAGGAUAUCUUCCUUCAUGGGGAACUCAAACAUCACGAUAUGCAUUUAAGGGAUAUGUAUACUGCUGUACUCCUCUCCUGUAAAAUAAAAAAGUUGAUGCUUAUUUUCUAUGAAAUUUCUUUCGUUAUACUUUAUAUAGUUGUAUCUCAUUUUGUGCACUGGUAGUGUUUAAAAUAAAUUCUAAUGUUUUUUUUCUCUCUUCAA